GGAGAGAGCACAGUGAUGUACAUGUAGAGAGGAGCACAGACGUACGGAGACAAGGUUCACCCGCGCUACACAGGAGGCGUCGCAAGCUGUCCACGGACCACGGGGGGUCCACACUACCUCCCAGCCCCUGCCGAAGGCAGCCAGUCCACCGUGCAGCUCGGCUCGUACCCUCGUAUUAACCCUCGGAACACCGGCCCGGGGUGUGCCUGACUGAGCCCACGGACGGAUCCACAGUCAGUGCGUGAAACUGACACCUCCCCUCCCUCCGCGAUGAAGAAGAACAACUCGGCCAAACGGGGCCCUCAGGAUUCCAGCCAGCCAUCUGCUCAACCCGACAAAACGGGCUGGAUUCGGAAGUUUUGUGGCAAAGGCGUGUUCCGGGAGAUCUGGAAGAACCGCUACGUGGUGCUGAAAGGGGACCAGCUGUACAUCUCCGAAAAGGAGGUGAAAGACGAGAAAAAAAUCCAGGAAGUGUUUGACCUGGCGGACUAUGAGAGGUCCGAGGAGCUACGCAAGUCCAAAAGUCGGAGUAAGAAGAACCACAGCAAGUUCACGCUUCUGCGCUGUCGGCAGCCCGGGAACACAGUUCCAAAUCUGGUGUUCCUGGCUGUUAGCCCGGAGGAGAAGGAGUCGUGGAUCAAUGCGCUGAAUGGAGCCAUCAUUCGAGCCAAAAACCGUAUCCUGGAUGAGGUCACGGUUGAAGAAAAGAGCCUUCUGGCCCAUCCAACUCGUGAUCGUGCAAAGAUACCCCACACACGCCGUUUGCCCACUCGUGGUCAUCUCAUGGCUGUGGCGUCCACGUCUACAUCAGACGGUAUGCUGACCCUGGACCUCAUCCAGGAGGAAGAUGUUUCCGCAUCGCAACAGCCGAACCCAUGCGAGAAAAGUCUCCAGUCAGACCUGGAGAAAUCGGUGUCACAGCCUGACUCCAACACAAACAGCUGCAAAUCUUCCACGGCUGCUGAGGUGAAGACCAAGUCAGGGAGUCUACCUAACAAAAAAGAGAUCCCCUGGGACUACCAGAAUGCAACGGGGCAGGCAUGCACCCCUCAACCAGGCAAGAAACUGGCUGCCGCCGAAAAGAGCCGAUGUGCCUCCAUGGAUGAGAUUCUCUCCCAUUCAGACACACGGCCAGCUAAGAGGGCUUCUCCAGCUUUGACAGCUACAGCGUUACCCCAGUCUGUCAGCCAGCUGCAGGAUCUUAUCACCCUGAAGUUGCAGAGGACACAGGAGUUACUGGUUGAGGUAAAGGGAUCGGAGCGCAAGAGUAAAGAUUCAACUCCGCAUAAAAAUACAGGGUCGGAAAACAACCGUGCAGAGGCAGAGCGAUUGCUCCAGGAGGCUGUCUCCGCCUGGAGCCAGGCCCGGGAGGUGCUGGAUGAGGUGAAGGAAAUACAAGCAUUGUACUGGCAGAUGGACUCUUCAUCUGCCACAACCCCGACAAAAUCACAGAGUGCAAAGCUGAAGAGCCCCCAGCAGAUACACCACAAAAAGACUAUGGUGUGAUGGAUGGGUUAAAUGAAUAAUAAGCAAAAAUGCUAAGCCUCUCAAAAAGAAAAAACAGAAAGUCGACUUGGGAGGAGAACUGUUUUUAUUUUUUGUUUGUUUCUGUUCACUCUAUGCUGUGACAGAAUUCAGAUCUUGUUCCCCCGACUGUAGAUCUCCACAGUGUGCUUUUGGCCUUCCAUCUGGGUUUCCGUAUACGUUAGGGAGAAGGAAGGUUUAUGAGGCCAAUUCUCAUUGGAAUCUUCUCAGAUGUCUUAACAGUGGCUCCUGUGGAUGAGAUGGAGUUUUGAGUGUGGACUUCACUUUUUUUUCUUUUUUAUCAAGACAGACUGUAUGUUGCGGACAGCGUGUCGGAAUCAGCAGUGACAACCCCACUGUCAAGUAGUGCUAUUGAUCGCCUCGUGUACACACUGCCUUGUUAUUUCCAACUGUACUGGCAUCCAGUGACAGCAGGUGGGGGUGAAGGGAUGUAGGGUGUUACCUCAAGUGCUUUGAAUGAGGACGACUCUGACAGGAGGAAACAGAGUGGCCCAGCUGCAAGAGCUGCUGGCCUGCUAGAAUGUAAUUUUGUUUUUCAUGCUGGAACAAACUGGAAGAGUUCCACAACCGGCCUUCAGCAGACUCCCAGGGGCCCAAUCAGUGCAGUGCAGGAGCCUCUCGGUCCUUUGGUUUUCAUGUUUAGCGAAGCAACUUCUGUGUCCAAGUUUAAGUUUGUCCAAGUUGGCACAGGUCCAUAGUGGCACCUUUGAAUUAGAUGCACAAAGGUCACUACAGACUGCUGUUAAAAGGCAGGAGAAAAAGCACCUACGGUGGUGACAUAUUGUUUCUGGUGGGAUUUUCUGUCGAGCUAUCGCCACAAAGGACUGCACACAAAUGUCAGAACGGCGUAUUCUAAAGCGAUCAAAUAGUUAAACAAAAGUUUUAAUUGCUGAUGUUUGAAUUCACAUUUUUUCCAAAGCGACUUUCUGUGUUAGGGUACUUACAGUUAUUU